CUGACUGCGAACGAACAAGCAAUAACUUUUACCGAGGUGUACGUCGGUCGUCCGUAGGUAAGAGAGAAAAAAAGUGCAAAGUGCAACGAAGUGCAUGAACGUUCUCUUGAGUUCUUGCAAAGACAAACCGUCAGACCAACAGUUUAGACGUUUUCACGUGAUCAGGAUGGAUCGUCACUGCGACGAGGAAUUCGGGGCUGCGGCUGAAAGGACUUAACCGAAGAGGAAAAUUCGCGGCUGUCAAAGAACUUAAGUCAACACUCGCUGCUGCUGCUGCUGCUCCCGCACAGCUGAUGUCACGAGAAACGACUUUGAUGACUCUCGGUGCUGUUUAAUCAAGGCUUCAAAUGCACUUGACGACCGGGAGCCGCUAUUGCCUUGCCUCUCCAUGCUCGUCCUGUUGCAGCUGCUCUCGCCAUUUCCUCGUUCGCCAUAUAAGUUGACGACUAAUAAUUUCUCGAGAGACGACUCGUCAAAUGCUACAUAGGUUAAAUGACAGCGUUACUCAUUGAUUAAGCCGACGACGACACGACCAUGGAGAAAUUCACUGUCGAUUUGGACAAAGUUAUUGAUGACUUUGACUUUAAUGCAGGUCAUUCAGAGCAAGGGGCAGCAGCUUCUGCUCCACCCAUGCAUUCAAGCCUGCACAUGCAAUGUGGAAUCUCAACUGUUUAUCAUCAGCCACAGACAGAACCUAGUGCUAACAGUGAUUUAGGUUUAGUUAAUAUUCUAGAUGGGACAGGUAUGAGGAAUGAGGGAAUGAAUCUUGUGAGAGAUCAGACAUCCAUAUCUAGUAAUAUUGAUAGUAUAAGAAAACCAGAGAGCAUGAUUGACAACUUAGAUUCAAUAAAUCAUUUUUAUACUUACGAUAACCUACAUGAUGAUAAGAUGCAAUAUAAGCACGGUUUUAAUCUAGAUGUUGAUCAGUCACCUUUAACCAUACACAAUGACAUAUCGCAAAAACUGCUGCAGAAGCAGCCAAACGAUAACAUUUUAUCCAAUCAGACUAGCUACAACAAGAUUUUGAAUCAACCGAGCAUGCAAGCUGGUAUUAGCAGUGUUUACAAUCAUGCUGAUUAUAUGGCUGCUACUAGUUCUAGCUUUGUCAAUACUGGCCAGAGUAGUAACAUUAUUGAUGUGGCUGACUCUUUCAUGUCAAGCUUUGCUAAAAGCAGUAGUGAACCUGUUGAGAAAUGCUCCAUUGAUGACUUAUUGUCAACAAGAGAAGAAGAUCUGAUGUCUAAUAAAAAAGAAUGCAAUUCAGUACCACCCAAGUAUCAAAAUAUUUUAUUGCCCACUAAGCUAGAUACUUGUAUACCUAAAAAAACUAGUGAAAAUAAUACUGUGAAGUUAGAUCCAAGCUUAGGAUUUUCAGAUUUUCUGACACAAGAUAAUCAAAGCUUGAAUUACUUUGAGAAAUCUGAUAAUAGUACAAAUAGUUUAUUGAGUGAGCCAGAGCAUGUGUAUGAAAAUGUUUAUAUUGGAACAGAUAUUCCAAAAGCUCAAGAUGUAUUCAGAACAGUGAAUGAAGUUAAGUCAAUAAAUUCUGAAGUAGCUGCUCAUACUUAUGAAAACAUAAAUUUCGAAGCUCAAAACAAAGAUGGAGUGUACGAGUGCAUCUAUGUUGGAAAUAGGGAGAAUCUUCCUGAAACUAACACAGAAUUAGAAAUUGCAGCCAAAAAAAUGAUUGAUCAGCUCAAUUUGAAAGAAUCAGAACCUCAAACUGCAUUUACCAAUACAGCUGCAAGUUCAAAUACAACAACCUCAAUAAUAAAUCCAACAAAAUUAGUUUUUCAAAAUGUACAGUUAGAUCACCCACCAGUACAAGUGCCAGAGGCAAAAUCUGUCAUUGGCUUUCCAACAAUCGAUGAUAUGUCCGAAGAAGAAUUGAACAAGUAUUUAGCUGAAUUAGAAGCAGAAGAAAGAGCUACAGAAGGAGCUUUAGUAGUAUAUGAAAAUAUUUCAUCUGAGAAGCCUGCAGAAUUGAAAACCAAACCGUUAUCUGCUAAACAAAAUGAUGAAGAUGCCAAUGAAGCGCCAAUUUUCGAAGCAGUAACAAUAGGAGAACUACCUCAAGUUUCUCAGGAAGACUUGCAAGAAAAAGCCAAGAAAUUUCCUGUCAUUGACUAUAGCUUAGGAAGCUCCGGAAGUAGCGGUGAAAGUUCGAGGGAAUUCUCAACAACUGUAAAGAAAACGUCAGAGUCAAGUAAAAUCAGCAUGCAAGUUACCGACGACGAAACAAAGAUCAAGGUGAACAAGAAGACGCACGAGAAAGUAAGAAAAUGUUCCGAUAAUUCAGAGCCAAUCCCUCAGAAAUCUAGUCAUAGAGACGACAACAAAGUCAACAAAGAUGACGAGUCGGACAAGGAAAAUGGUAAUUAUUUAGCUACUAACGAUUCGGAUAAUAACGAAAGCAUAAGAGCUGCCGCAUCGGAGGAAAAUAAAAAUCUAAACUGCUCCAAGAGCAGCACUUCCAAAUUUGACAAUGUUGACAACAAGAAUAUGGACGACAGCGAGCUAAAAAUCAAUAACACCUCUGACGAUAAAAAACUUAACAGUAGACCACCUGUUAGAAAUACGGAAACUAUCUCGAGGUUCUCCGUUACGAGAAACGUCGAUGUUAACGACAAACUUGGUUGUCGCAGUUAUCCUAGUCAAGCUUACACGAAAACAAAAACUCUGGAAAACAAUGUUGAACACACUGACAGUAGUGACGAUGAUCCCAAUCGGCCUGUCAGGCCUCAAACUCUCGACGUUACGUCAUCUAUUGUCAUGUCCAACACUUCGUCUGCAGGAGCAUCGUACAAUCAAGAAUCAUCAGACACCGAAGGCAACCGUGACAACAUAAGAGCUCCAUCUCCAGAUAUUUCAGAAAAUUCAUCGAUGGAAUCUGGUGGAAUGAUGCUUGGCAAACAGCCACCAUUCUGGGUACCUGACAGUGAUGCGUCAAACUGCAUGCUUUGCGAUACGAAGUUCACUGUUGUCAAGAGGAGACAUCAUUGCAGAGCUUGCGGCAAGGUUCUAUGUAGUAAAUGUUGCAGUAUGAAAUUCCGUUUGGAAUAUCAAAAUAACGUCGACUCGCGAGUAUGUAUUCCGUGUCAUCAACUCUUGUCAAAAGCGGAAAGUGAUAACGGCUCGGGAGAUUACACUGGCUUCCAAAGCAUAAAUCCAACGAGCAUAAACUCACCUCAGGGUCGUCCACCAAAUCCAAAUAAUCCCAUGGAGUACUGUUCAACGAUACCGCCUUUGCAACAGUUGGCAGGUGUCCUACCGCCACCGCCCACGGUCAUGGUGCCAGUUGGAGUACUGAAACGAGAAGGCAGUACAAAGCCACGCUCAGAAGGGCCCAAAUCUGUGAUGUUCAGCGAUGGAAUAAGGCCUGGCUGUGACCUGACAGAGCUCGACACUUCCUGGGAUUGGAAACCAGCCACCAUCAGGAAGAAUAAUAGUAGAAGAAGCGUCGGCUACACAGCUUCCUCUCUGCAUAAAAAACAAAAUUGUCCACCGAUCGAUCUCGCAACAAAUAGCUAUAUCCCUCAUGAUCCUGAGGCUCUGCCUCCAACUGUGACGAUACACAAAGGACAAAUCAUUUAUCAAGACGUUACUGACAUCAGCGCACUUUAUGCUACUUUGAAAAACGAAUGUAAAUCUCCAGUGAUGUUUGCAAUUAAUCGCAAUCUGUAUGCUUAUGUAAAAAUAGUUAAUUUAAACUGCUGUGUUAAUAGAACAUGUUGGAAUGUAACUUCGAAAGGUUUAGCCUGCGUUGGUCAAGAUGAAAUAGUAUUUUUAGUUGAAACUAUGCCGGAUGAAACUGAGGUUCCAAAAGAUCUAUUACUUCAUAUCAAUCAAAUUUAUCAUGAAGCUACAAAAGGAAAUACGCUGUCCGAGUACGCAAUAUCCAUUCAUCAGAGCGGAAACUUGCUGGGAUCUCGCGAGCACGCGGGCUUUCUCUUCAUCAGGCAAACUCUGCAAUGCUUACAAAAAGUCAUAGUUCCUCCAGCUCCCUUCUUAUUCGGCCUGCUGGUGCAUAGAUGGGAAACUCCAUGGGCAAAAGUUUUCCCAUUACGACUUGUAUUACGACUAGGUGCCGAGUAUCGAUAUUACCCCUGCCCGUUGGUAUCUGUGCGCUUCAGAGAUGCGGUGUAUUUUGAGAUUGGACACACAGUUAUGAAAGUCCUUGCGGACUUCCGAAACUUCACCUAUACGCUCCCCAAAGUACAAGGGCUUACAAUCCAUAUGCAGGACCGAACUACUAUGGUCAGAUUGCCGAAAAACAGAUACAACCAAGUUAUCAAAGGUGUUAACAAUUCCGAUGACCACGUGCUUGUGUUUGCCGCGAACUUUAGCAUUCAAGCUGAUUCGCAUUUGGUUUGCAUGCAGACUAAUUCUGAGGAUGAAAGCACUUAUCAAACUCAAGCUAUCAAUAUACAGAAUAAGCCUCGAAAAGUAACUGGUGCCAGUUUUAUUAUUAUUAAUGGCGCUUUGAAAUCAUCCGCGGGUCUCUCGGCAAAUUCAAGUAUACUUGAGGAUGGUCUUAUGGUUCAAAUAAUGCCUGAAAAAAUGGAAGCUUUGAAAGCUACUCUAAAAAAUAUGCAAGACUUCACGAUUGGCUGUGGUCGACAAGGUGCUCCAGAACCAGAUGAGAUUGUGAAUAUUAAGUGGGUGGAAAACGAUACGCAAUUCAAUUUAAGUGUAAAAAGUCCAAUUGAUAAUAAACCUAUGGAUGGAAUUCCUUCUAUUAGAGUGCACAAUGGAAUUAACUUUGUUGGAACAAGCAGGUUCAUACGUUGGACGGAAGUUUUCAUAAUUAAGUCCGAUGAUGAUCAACCAUUUGGAAUACAUUACCCUGUGGAUAUAAAUAAACUAUCGGAAAGCAUAGCGCGAGCUACCUGUGCUGCACUUGUUAAAUUACUCGACUUAUUGGUAAAUGCAGGACUCACGAAAAUUGCUGUACGAACUACCAUUAGUCCAGAUAACGUCGGGUACGAGGCCGGAAGCGAGGGAACGCGUUUGCCACCGAUAUAUAUGAACAGCUUGGAUAAUGAACUAAUUCAAGUUUUGCAAAAAGCUGUUCAAGGCUGUGAAGACACGCAAACAGUGCUAGAGCUAAUAUUUUACGUGCUAGAGACUGAUAACUAGAGUGAUUGGAUUCUCCCAUAAUUCCUAUCGACGAACGAUAUUUGAUCUACAUCGACGUUUUGAUACUUCAGCACAGGUUUUUAUUCAAUAAUCAAAACAAAAAAUAAGCAAGCAAUUUUUGUACAACUAUUUUAUAUAUAUCCGGUAUGGUUCAAGUAUCUAUAUUCUUUUUCCGAAUUUUUGAAAUUAUUUUGUGCAAUAAUACUUUUUAUCAGAAUACCUAAUAUUUUUGUUGUUCUUUAUCAAAUUCGCUCAAUCACACGUAUGUAUGCUUUACUGAAUUUAUAGAAGAUACAAAAUACAUGAGAAUCGUUUAGAUAUUUUUAUCUAAACGCUUUCCGGUAUAAAUUGUGUGACGGCUUUGCCAAACAUUAAUGCUUCGUGUACAUUAACCAGCACAGUGUAAACGUCAUUCUGUGACUAAAUAGAAUUGAAAGAAAAUCAGGGUGAGUACAGUAACGUGCACAUACUGACAUUUUUAUGUAACAUAUAUAGAAAAGUGAUGUAAAAUUAUCUUGUAGAAAAGAGAUGAUUAUAAAAAUUUGACUUUGUUUCCGUUAAAUAUUUGCACUUUUUAAUGUUAAAUGAUUUAUUACAAUUUAGGAUAGAGUGUAUGAUUUCAUAUCACUUAUAUAGUAGUAAAAGUUGUAAAAAAAUUGAGUUUUGAAACAAAUGUUCUUAUUUCGAUUGAACAGUGUUGUACAGCUUUUUGCCUUUUUCUUUCAAAUACGUUAAUGUAGCCUAAAAGUUUGGUAGAAUUAUGAGAGAUGGGUUUGAUAAAUGAACGCUUGUUAAAAAGUACGAUUGUUAGAGUUAUGUACAAAACAGCGACGUCUUACCUUUUUCUGCAAAAAGCUUUAAUUUGCCAAAGAUUUGCAGAAAAAUCUUGUAUGUAAUCAUAAAUGUAUGUACUUGGAUUCAAUUUGACCUAAACAGUGCUAGUUAUUUAAUCACGAUCUGCCUAAUAGUAAAAAUAUUUUAUCAACUUUAGGUAAAAAUGGAGAUAUUUUCACGUAAGUUUAAUUUGAACAGUAAACUUUCAGAGUAAUACGAUAUAAGUAACUGCGUGACAAGAAAUCGGAUAAACCAUUAGUUUUUUUUUUAAUACCCAACAGAAUUUAUUUAUCAGAUACAUUUUUCCAUAACAAAAAAGUUAUUUUUAUAGCUAAAUAAAGUUUUUUACUAAUAAAUAUUACAAUUUUGUAUAUUAAGAAGAAAUAUGCAGCAGAUUUCUUGGCUCAAUAUGAUUUGAUUAUUACUUUUAUAUAAUUGCUUAACAACUUUACGUAUUAUGUAUUCGUUUUUCUAAUGUUGAAUUACCCCCUAGUUAUUAAACUGUUAUUGAUAAUUGUUGGAUCAAAGAAUAUGGUAUAUUGUUACUUAAUGAUGAAAAAGAGAUUGUUUUUUAAUUGUGCCGUUGAUUCUUUCAGAAUGUCUCUUUGAAAAAUUUAGCUUUUGAGUAUGUAAUAGCUUUACAAAGUAGAGAAUAUCUUUCUUAUUGACGUUGUCAAAGAUGAAAAAAAAAAUUUAUUAAGUAUAUAUUAUAAGUUUCUGUUUUUUAUUAUAUUUUAUUAUCCUCAUAAAUUACUUAUAUAAAAGAAAUUUCACCGAUGUACAUGCUUGUUUUAUGUAAUAAAUUUAUUAUGUUGUAUGUAUCAGUUAUAAUUAGUACGUGUAAAUGCUCCUCUUUAUAUUUGAAACAGAAUUUAAGCUGCAUAAUGUAUAUAAAUAAGUAGAGGAAGUGUAAAUAUUUGGAACUAUACUCUUAAUGUUUCAACUUUAUAAACAUUUUUUAUGUAUGAUUAUAAAUUGAUCAUUCAUUACCCUAUUAUACAUACAUUGAAAGGUAUACAUGAUUCA